AUGUGGCAGCGUGAAAAAUACGUCACGCUACUCUUUCUGACAGCAUAUAUAUUCCCGACGGUAUUCUGCGGGCUCAUGUAUGAUGACUUCGCCGGAGGAUUCAUAUGGGCCAGCUGCAUCAGACUGUUCCUAAUCCAACAGGCAACCUUCUGUGUUAAUUCCCUCGCUCACUGGGUUGGAGACCAGCCUUUUGCGAGUAAGCUCUCGCCGAGAAACUGCUGGUUCGUUGCGCUUAUCACUUGGGGAGAGGGAUAUCACAAUUUCCACCAUGAGUUUCCUGUCGACUACCGCAAUGGAAUAAGAUGGUUCCAGUGGGACCCGACGAAGUGGUUUAUCUGGCUCUGUGAGAAGGUCAACCUCGCCUGGGACCUGAAACGGUUUCCAGAAAAUGAGAUUCUUAAGGGUCAAUUCCAGCAGAUUGAACGCCAGCUGGAACUCCAGCGUCAAGAGAUUUCCUGGGGGACUCCGGUGGAUCAGCUGCCGGCUUGGAGCUUUGGAGAGUAUACUGAAAAUGUCAAGAAUGGUCGUUGCUUGCUUGUUGUUGAUGGUGUUGUUCAUAAUGUUGAAGAGUUUGUGGGCGAUCAUCCUGGUGGAGAGAAGUAUUUGCUUGAACAUAUUGGUAAAGAUGCUACGAAGUUGUUCCAUGGUGGUGGGAUCCAUGCUCAUUCAAACGCGGCUGAGAAUCUGCUCUCGACGAUGCGAAUCGCGAGGAUAGUCGAUUCUGAUUAUCGUCGAAGCUAG